AUGAAAGAAGCUUUCUACAUCGAAGCUUGUUCCCACACUUAUUGCUCCGAGUGUGUCGUAAUGUACAUUGAUUCAAAUCUGCAAAACAACAUCACCAACAUCCGUUGUCCCUUUAUUGGUUGCACUGGUUUGUUGGAAAUCGAUAGUUGUCGUAGGAUUCUUCCGGCGGAGAUUUUCGAUCGGUGGGGGCAGGCGUCCUGCGAGGCGAUGUUUGAUGCUUCGGUGAAAGUAUAUUGUCCCUUUGCAGACUGUUCAGCUCUUUUGAUCAAAGACAGUAAAGAGGAAGUUCUUGGAAGAUCGAAAUGUCCAAAUUGUAAGAGGAUGUUGUGUGCGGAAUGUGUCGGUGUAGAUUUUGUUACAAAUGUGGAGAUAUUUUCUUGUCCAAAAUUUUUGAAGACUUAUGCAGUUGCUCCAAGCGGGGCCGGGCCGGCCCGUACGUUUCAACAAUUCCUCACUUCUGAAAGACUCGUUGCAAGAAUCGCAGAUCGUUUACGCUGCCAUUUGUAUUCACAACAUUAA